CUUGAAGCCUGCUCUACCCCCCCCACCAGGCGAUCAUGGCAUUCCGGCGCCCCGUGAUGCUGUCUGCGACAGCGUCAUCGACGCCCUUCCUGGCUGUGGCCAGCCGCACCUCGCGCCUGGCCGCUACGCUUCCGCGAUUCACAACGACAACGACCACGACCACCUCCUCCUCCCGGGCCUCGUCCAGCUCCACCUCCGCGCUCGCCUACAAGGCGCUGCACCGCCGGUCUCCGCUGCCGCUGCCCGUCAACGAUGCGUCGCCGCAAUGGGACGCGCCGACGGCGGUCUCGUCGAUCCUGUACGAGACGCCCUCGGUGCCGACGAACCCGCCGAAGCGGCACAUCCUGAACUGCCUGGUGCAGAACGAGCCGGGCGUGCUGUCCCGGGUGUCCGGGAUCCUGGCGGCGCGGGGCUUCAACAUCGACAGUCUGGUGGUGUGCAACACCGAGGUCGAGGAUCUGUCCCGUAUGACCAUCGUGCUGCAGGGCCAGGACGGCGUCGUCGAGCAGGCCCGCCGCCAGCUGGACGACCUGGUCCCCGUCUGGGCGGUGCUGGACUACACCGACUCCGCGCUAGUGCAGCGCGAGCUCCUCCUCGCCAAGGUCAGCAUCCUCGGCCCGGAGUUCUUCGAGGAGCUGCUCCAGCACCACCGCGAGAUCACCACCCCCGGCGAGCAGGGCGACGCCAAGCAGCAGAUCGCGAAGACCGAGUACCACCCCCGCAACCUGCCGCACAGUCAGGCCCUCCGCCACAAGCACGAGCAUCUCGACGCCAUCACCCGCCUGACUCACCAGUUCGGUGGUAAGGUGCUGGAUAUCAGUACCAACAACUGCAUUGUCGAAGUUUCUGCUAAGCCUUCCCGUAUCGACUCCUUCAUGAAGCUCAUCGCUCCCUUCGGUGUCCUCGAAUCCACUCGCACCGGUCUCAUGGCCCUGCCCCGUUCUCCUCUCUUUGAGCCUACCGAGGAGCUUGAGAAGGAUGCUGCCGACGUUGUCGAUGCUAGCACCCUUCCCCCUGGCUAAACAUUGUCCUUCCUCUAAUAUCCAACGUUCAAUAUCCUGCAAUGAAAAAACAGUCCGUAUCCUUUUCUCUAUGUUUCGAAGCAGACUGCUUUCCCUGUAAAUUGGUCGAUUCGCUUGCGCUAGGUAACUUUCCGAAUUGUUACGUCAUGAAAGCUCUUCAGAUGUAUCUACCUACUGGUCAGGCUAUGAGUCAUUGAGUCAAGUAGGUGCGAUUACAUUCAGUAGAUAGUCACUAGGCAGCUGAGAUCUUGUGAUAUGAGUGUAAACUAGUGGCAAAGCGCCAUUGACUUGUUCUUUUUGCAACCUGA